AUGAUCGAGCUCUGUCUACUUCUGGCGGGGUCGGUGCUAGCAACAUCCGUAACCUCAGUCGCUGGAGAACAAGAAGCGAAGAAUUUUGAUGUUUUCGACUUCAUCGAUCCUUUCAUUGGCACUAUAGCUGGAGGACAUGUGUUUCCAGGAGCAACUCUACCGUUUGGCAUGGCGAAAGCGUCAGCAGACGUGAACAAUCCCGACGAGAAACAAGGCGGGUUUGCUUCAGAUAAUAGUGACAUUACUGGGUUUUCUCACAUGCACGACUCGGGGACUGGUGGAUCACCCUCUCUAGGGAAUUUUCCAAUAUUCCCACAAACUGGUUGUCGCGGUGACAAUAUCAACAAUUGUUUCUGGACAAAAACGGACCGGGCUUCUCGACGCAUCAAUGGCACAGCUAAAGCACAUCCUGGCUAUUUCGCAGUCAGUUUGAACACUUCUAUCCAUACGGAGGCGACAGUCACAAACCAUACGGCUCUGUAUCGUAUCAGCUUUCCAACGAAUUCAUCCACAGCUGGAAUCAAGAAUGGAACAGGUUUACCAUAUAGUCCCCUGAUUCUGGUAGACUUGACGGACUUGCCAGAUUCUCGUACAAAUGCUACGGCUAGCGUAGAUUCCUCUACUGGUCGUAUAUCCGGCAGUGGUACUUUCAGCCCUUCUUUUGGAAUAGGAACUUACGAUCUGCAUUUCUGUGCCGACUUUAACGGUGCUUCCAUCAGAGAUACAGGAGUUUUCCAAAACAAUCGCGCCGGUAACAGUGUCAAAUCCAUUUCAACUCGACCUGAUGGAGUCAAUGAUCCUCCGCUACCAGCGGGAGCUUGGACUCAAUUUCAUGCACCUGCAAAUAACCAAAUAAUAAUUCGUGUUGGGGUUUCGUUCAUGAGCGUAGCUCAAGCAUGUCAUAACGCCGAAACCGAAAUACCAGAUUUUGGAUUCGCAAAUGUCCUUAGUUCUGCAGAAGACGCAUGGCGAAAGAAGCUUUCAGUCGUAAAAGUAGACAGUACGGGUGUCGAUAAGGAUCUACAGACUGUCUUCUGGUCUGGAAUGUAUAGGACUAUACCAACGAGAACCCUCUAUGGAACUCCACUGAACCGUACUAUGAUUCGAAAACUGCCAGAUUGUCGUAUGUCACUAUGUAAAGGGUUUACUCAAGGAGGCUCGAAUGCCGAUGUUGUUCUGGCAGACUCAUAUCUGAAGAACAUUACAGCGGGUAUUGAUUGGGCAGUCGGAUAUGAAGCCGUAGUAUCAGACGCUGAAGAUGAGCCAUUAAAUUGGGCAGUUGAAGGUCGCGGCGGACUAGAAUCAUGGAAAACGCUAGGAUACAUUCCAACAGACGAUUUCGAUACCCUAGGUUCUGGCCCAUUUACUCGAUCUAUCUCACGAACAGUCGAGUAUGCCUAUAAUGACUUCUGCAUUGCAGAAAUGGCAAAAGGUCUAGGCCAUAUAGCCGACGAAGAAAAAUACCUCCAACGAUCCUCAAACUGGAAGAACAUGUACAACCCAACGCAAACCUCUCUAGUAACCAACACAACCGGCCACAUCGGCGAAACAAUCGACAGCGGCUACACGGGCUUCCUACAACCACGAUACCUCAACGGCACAUUCGGCUACCAAGACCCCACCCUCUGCUCCCCCCUCUACAACUUCACAUCCUGCUACCUCAACCCCUCGGGCCACGAAACCUACGAAGGCUCCUCCUGGAUGUACACCUUCUACGUGCCUCAAGACAUGGCCACGCUGAUCACUACCCUCGGCGGCCCCGAAGCAUUCACAAACCGCCUCUCGUACCUCCACACCUCGGGCCUCCUCUACAUCGGCGACGAACAAGCCUUCCUCCCCGUCUUCCAAUUCCACUACGCGGGCCGCCCGGCCCUAUCAGCGAAAUUCUCGCACUUCUACAUCCCCUCCCAAUUCAACACGUCGCUUAACGGUAUCGCGGGAAACGAUGAUUCAGGCGCCAUGGGCUCGUUUACGACGCUGGCUAUGAUGGGUCUCUGGCCGGUGCCCGGGCAGAAUGUGUAUCUCAUCACGCCGCCGUAUUUUCCGAGUGUGAGUGUGACGAGUCCGCAGACGGGGAAGACUGCGACGAUUAGGAAUGUGGGGUUUGAUGCUGGGUACGAGGCGAUUUAUAUUCAGAGUGCGACGUUGGAUGGGGUGGCUUAUGAGAGGAAUUGGAUUACGCAUGAUUUCUGGUUGGAGGGUGGGGUGCUUGAGUUGACGCUUGGGAGGAAUGAGAGUGCUUGGGGGACUAAGGAGGGUGAUUUACCGCCGAGUACAUCGACGAGGUAG